AUGACGAGCCAUUCGAAUACAAGUUCGACGACAGUAGAGCAGGUGGGCGCCGUCACCCCGAAGCCGGAUCUGGAGGCGCAGUUGGAAAAGGAAGCCACUGCAAACUCUGAACGCAGCCGAUUGCAGUUCCCCGUCACAGAUCUCGACGCCGGUAUCGUGGGCUGGGACAGCCAAGAAGACCCCAAGAACCCGCAAAACUACACGCAGCGCAAGAAAUGGACCAUUCUAGCGCUGAUUAGUGCCAUGACGAUUAUUUCGCCGCUGGCGUCGAGCAUGUUUGCGCCGGCGGUUGAAUACAUGGCUAGGGAAUUUCACGAGACGAAUGCGACAGUCAUUUCUCUUUCUGUUAGCAUAUACCUUCUUGGGUACACUGUUGGGCCUCUUUUACUCGCACCGUUGAGCGAGAUUUACGGUCGUCGAAUCAUCCUCUCCGCUGGAAACUGGUUCUUUGUCGUCUGGCAAAUCGGAUGUGCCCUCGCACCCAACAUCGAGACCCUCAUCGUCUGCCGCCUCUUUGCCGGCAUUGGCGGCUCCGCGUGCCUGACCCUCGGCGCGGGCGUCAUUGCCGACUUGUUUAGCGUGCAGCAGCGCGGCAAGGCGACUGCGCUCUGGGCCAUGGGUCCUCUAAUCGGACCCGUCGCUGGCCCCAUUGCUGGCGGGUUUCUCGGCGAGGCGGCUGGCUGGCGGUGGGUGUUUUGGUUGCUGCUUAUUGCGGGCGGCGCGCUGUCUCUUUUCGUGGACGUGGUGAACCAAGAGACGUAUGCACCUGUCCUCCUUCGCAGGAAGGCCGCCGCGCUGUCCAAGGAACUAGGCCGCGAUGAUUUGCGUAGCGCACUUGGUUCGAGUAACAAGGACAUCUCGGUGGCAGAUACAAUCCGAAAGGCAAUGCUUCGCCCGUUCUUGCUACUUUCCCGCUCGGUCAUCGUGCUCCUCUUAUCAGUGUACAUGUCUCUCGUCUACGGCCUUCUUUACCUCUUUUUUACAACCAUUACAUCCGUCAUGACUACCCAGUACGGCUUCUCAACCGGUCUCGCAGGCCUCGCCUAUCUUGGCAUUGGCAUUGGCUUCCUUGUCGGCCUCUUGAUCAUUGGUCUGACAAACGACAAGAUGGCUAUAAAACUCGCCAAUCGCAACGGUGGCAAGCAUGAGCCCGAGAUGCGAUUGCCUAUAAUGGCUUUUUCUGCGUGUAUACUUCCCAUUAGCUUCUUUUGGUACGGCUGGACGGCCGAAAAGCACGUCCACUGGAUUGUUCCCAUCAUUGGUAUGUUCCCGUUUGGCGUCGGCAUGAUGGGUGUAUUUAUGCCCAUUCAGACAUAUGUCAUCGACUGCUACCCUGCGUAUGCUGCCUCUGGCAACGCAGCCUUGACGGCUACGCGUUCGCUGCUUGGUGCGCUUCUGCCGCUAGCGGGACCGGCCAUGUUCAAGUCCCUCGGCCUAGGAUGGGGAAACUCGCUGCUAGGUUUCUUAGCUUUGGCGUUUGUGCCUCUGCCAUUGGUCUUCAUUCGUUACGGCAAGGUCAUCCGUGAGAGAUGGCCAGUCAACUUUGACUAG